GUCGGUAAUCAACGCUUUUAGCGUGCACUAGUAUAACCUAUGAAACAGACUGUGAUAUUUUUAAUUCAAAUAAAAAUGACACUCCAGCCUGUUACACAUGUUUUAUUUGAUAUGGACGGAUUGAUACUGAAUACAGAAGACUUGUAUACGAUAGGUUUUCAACAAGUUGCGUCCCGAUAUGGGAAGGAGUUCACCUUCGCGCUUAAAUGCCAGAUAAUGGGUCAGCAGAGUCGGGAGUUUGCAGCCUCUAUCAUCCAAGGCCUGGAUCUUCCGAUGACUGUCGACGAGUUCUUAGCGGAGACACGAAAGAUUUUCAAUGAACUGUUUCCGCAGUGUCAAUUAAUGCCCGGUGUAGAAAAACUUAUUCGGCAUCUUCAUACACACAAUGUCCCCAUCGGUCUCGCCACUAGUAGCAGUAAGGAAACUUAUGACCUGAAAGUUAGCAAGCAUCUGGACUUCUUCGAACUACUCCCGUACAAGACGUGGGGCUCGUCGGACCCGGAUGUAAAUCGGGGCAAACCCUACCCGGACAUAUUUCUCGUCGCCGCCGCCAAGUUUCCAGACAGACCUGCACCUGAGAAGUGCUUAGUGUUUGAGGACUCGCUGAAUGGCGUUCGGGCGGCGAAAGCGGCGGGAAUGCAAGUUGUGAUGGUGCCGGAUCGUCGUCUGGACAGGAAUCUGACUGCAGAUGCCACGCUGGUGCUGGACUCUAUUGAGCAAUUCAAACCAGAACUCUUCGGGUUACCGCUUUAUGAUGACUGAUCUCUAUGUACCUUUGUACUCUAAAACGCCAGUGGCGGCCCUAGCAAAUUUAAAUGUUGCAAGGCUUCACAAAACAGUUUUUUCGAGUAGUUUACGACCACCGAAAUAUACCUAUUUAAGUCUUUGGAAAAUGUCGUUUGCAUCCACCCAUUAAAUGUAUGAGUUGUAAAGCGCCACUUACUUUCGGUGAUUUCCUAGCUUUGUUUCUACAAUAGCACUUCUCUUGUUUCGAGUAGGUGGCAUUUAUGGUUCCCAUCUACUUAUGGUUCCACUAGGCUUAUGGUAUAUAAUCGAAAUAUACCAUAUUUGCUACGCAGCGCAGCGCAGUAGCGACUAUUACCAUAUACUUAAACAUAGCAUCACGAAUGUAUCCCCGAAGGAGUAGGCAGAGAUCAUAAUUAUACUUAUUUAAUUAGUAUUUCUAUAGCGAUAAGUUGCUAUAUUCUGGCAAUGCAGUGCGCUACACAUUACCCCAUAUACAUAUAACGAGUGUCUAAAUGGGAUAAUAAUAUCUCUGAGCAAGAUUCAUUUUCUUAUUAUAUCGCUAUUGAACAAUAUUUAUUAUAGUAUAGAAAACUGCCACAACAAGUCUGGUAACAUUAUUACAUAUUUAUAUGUUAAUUCAUGUAGGUAUUUAAUAAUAAUUUUAAUUUGACCAUGCUAUAAAAGUCUGUUUUCAUUUCAAACUGUUUCAGUUGCAUUUUCGUAAUAUUUUUUUAAAUGACUUAAGAUCAUUUAAUUUAUUCAAUGUAAUGAAUGAAUGGUGUAUUGUUAGCUACUUAUGCCAUUUGAAUGUUAGAAUUAUUUUUUUUUAAUUAAAACGAAGUAAGUACCU